AUCCAAUCCAUCCAUCAGGUUGGUCCCAGCUUCUAUUUUUUCUUACCUAAAACUAAAACCGAUCCCUUCAAUGUGUCGACCCCAAUAUUGGAAACAGGUGGAUGGGUUCGGAAACUUCAUCCAAGCUUUCCAAAGCAAUACAUUUAUUUUGCAAGCUGUGGCUAUGCUCACUGGUUGAUCAACCUUAUUCUUGGGCUAGGGCAUCAGUAUAGUCGUGCUAUGCUGAUGGGUGGAUAGGAUCUCCGACCUAUCGUGCCAUGCUGGCACAUGUGUGGAGUGUAGAUCAACUUUAUUGAACACGCGUGUGAGCCUAGCAAAGCUCCAUCUAUCAAACCCAAAUGGGAGUUUCAGGCCAUUUCCGAAAAGAAGGCUGCUUCUGUCCCCCAAAACCCCAGUUUAAAAAAGAAAAAGAAAUAGAUAAAUAGAUGGACGGACUAUUUUCCCUCCUCUACUCUCAGCUUAAAUUGUAAAUAAGAAAAAAGGGACCAUCAAAGCUGUGUUCCUCACAACCCUUUACACUCUCAGAAAUGGAUCUUUACAAAACUGCCUUCUUCUGUUUGAUGAUGCUAGCGGACUUGAGAAGGUUACUAGCAAGCGAGGAAGGAUGGAAGACUGCUACUGCCACAUACUCCAAAGAUACAAAUGGGUCUAUCAUCAUUGGAGGUGCCUGUGGAUAUGGAGAUCUUCACAAGAAGAGCUAUGGAAAAUACAGUGCUGGGUUAAGUACUGGGUUGUUUAACAGAGGGAGUACCUGCGGCAGCUGCUUUGAGCUGAGAUGCGUGGACCAUAUCCUCUGGUGUCUGCAAGGGAGCCCUUCUGUUAUUGUCACCGCGACAGAUUUCUGCCCUCCAAAUUACGGGCUCCCCAGCGAUUAUGGUGGCUGGUGCAACUACCCCAGAGAGCACUUUGAGAUGUCCGAGUCAGCUUUCAUGGAAAUCGCAGAGAAAAAAGCUGAUAUUGUGCCGGUUCAAUACAGGAGAGUUAACUGUGAGAGAAAUGGAGGGAUGAGAUUCACAGUAGGUGGGAGUUUUUACUUUUAUCAAGUUCUAAUCACCAAUGUGGGUUCAGACGGCGAAGUGGUUGCAGUUAAAGUGAAGGGAUCGAAAACAGGAUGGAUACCCAUGGGAAGAAACUGGGGACAGAAUUGGCAGUGUGAUAUAGACCUCAUCGGCCAGCCACUGUCUUUCGAGGUUACUGUCAGCAGUGGAAGAAUGGUGACAUCCUACAAUGUAGCUCCAGGAAAUUGGCAGUUUGGUCAGACGUUCGAAGGAAAACAGUUCUAGAAGAAACAAAGAAAGGCUGAGAAGUUCAAUACCCAGAUGGGGAGAUUGGGUGUAAUUUGAUAGAUGAGAGGAGAUGAAGGCUGCAGAGUUCAUUGCUUCAAUUCCCAAUCAUGAGUUUGGGAUCUAGAAAUUUACAGAUUCAUUUACUGAUGAGCACUUCAAAAGCAGGACUAGUAAAGUUUUGAGGACUCAAACAAAGUUCAUUAGUCAAAAAGUAAGUGUGACGGGCAAAUUAUUAUUAAUGGAAAAUGAAAGCAAAAGACGCCAAGCA